UCUAUGCUGCUCAAGCCUCAGGAGCUCCUUCCCUCGAUAACACCAAUGUGGAAGAGGAAAAUGGUCGGAUUAGGAGAGGGAAGAGGAGGGAUGGGGUUGGUCAAGAUGUUACUCUUUCUGCUGGCAUCCACAUCAACGGGUUCAAUAAGAACAGAAAGUAGAUCAAAAAACACAACUUUUCCCCUCCCUCUUUCCUGCCCAAAAAAUUGUGGGAAUAUCAGCUUCGAGUAUCCUUUCGGCAUCGGCGAUGGUUGUUUUCGGCCGGGCUUUAAUCUUACCUGCAGAAACCAUUCCACCAGCGCUCCCAGGCUUUUCCUGGGUGAUGGCACCGUCGCGGUAACGAGAAUUGACAUGAACAAGGGGUUGGUAUAUAUCAAACCACCAACUGUCGUCAUGGGUGUCGACGAUGAGUUUAUAAGCACCUCACUGAUUGAUCUGGAGAAUUGGCCUUACUCCUUUAAGUUAAAGGAACUGAUGACACGUAAUUCUUCUCAAGAAUUGACAUCUAACAGAGUUUACGUUGUAGGUUGUAGCGCUCUCGCCAGUAUAGUGGAUCUUACUACCAAUAAAACCAUUAGCAAUUGUUUUAGUAUUUGCAUUGCCAGUGAGCCGAGUCAAUAUUCAGAGCCGUACGACAUUGACAGUAGAUAUUGCACAUUGGAUCUAUCUUCUAUGAAUACAGCUGCCUUGGAGAUUCACCUAACUCGACUCAAUCUAACCGAGUUACACUUGGUGAAUACCUCCAACAUCAAUGUCGUCAUGUUCAAUGGUGAUGAUGAUUAUGAUCUUCAAGGAGUAUUAAACGGAAGUAGAACGAAUGUGGAGGCCACCCUGGCAUGGUACAUGAAUGAUCAUCUUUCAUGUAAAGAGGCCAUUAAUACUGAUACAUACGCCUGCGUCAGUCAAAAUAGUCUUUGCCGUGAUGUCAUGACUGAUACAAUCUACUUGAGUAAUAGCAUUGGAUAUUUGUGUCAAUGUUCCGCAAGUUAUCAAGGCAAUCCCUAUGUACCUAAUGGCUGUCAAGAUAUUGACGAGUGCAGCUUUCCCGAGAUAUAUCUUUGCUAUGGGAUUUGCAUUAACACGAUGGGCGGUUAUAGUUGCAUCCCCGACAAAAGGCACACUCUUGUGUUAGGUGUCAUCAUUGGUGCAAGCAACGGCAUAGGCCUAUUACUCUUAUGUUCGAGUCUCCUCAUCCUGAGAAGGAAAUGGAAAAAAAGAAAACAAAAGAAAACUAGAGAACAAUACUUCCAUCAGAAUCAUGGUUUACUGCUACAACAAUUAAUCUCGUCUACUGAAGAUAUUAGUGAGAGAACAAAGAUAUUUUCUCUGGAGGAGAUGGAGAUGGCAACUAAUAAUUUUGAUGAGACUCGAGUGCUCGGCCGCGGCGGACAUGGAACGGUUUACAAAGGAAUUUUAUCAGAUCAACGUGUAGUCGCCGUCAAAAAAUCUAAAUAUGUGAAACAAAGUGAGAUAGACCAGUUCAUCAACGAGGUUGCAGUUCUUUCUCAGAUUAAUCACAGGAAUAUUGUUAAGCUUUUCGGGUGUUGCUUGGAAACUGAAGUUCCCUUAUUGAUUUAUGAGUUUAUCUCGAAUGGGACUCUUUUAGAUCAUCUCCAUAUUCCAGAAGGUAACUCUAUAUUAUCAUGGGAUGAUCGCUUGAGGAUUGCUGUUGAGGCUGCCGGAGCGCUCGCUUAUUUACACUCGGCUGCUUCAAUUUCGAUAUUUCAUAGAGAUGUCAAAUCAUCAAAUGUUCUCUUAGAUGAUCAUUUAACUGCCAAAAUAUCAGAUUUUGGAUCCUCAAGACUUAUUCCACUCGACCAAACUCAUUUACUCACUGCUGUGCAAGGCACCUUUGGAUACCUUGACCCGGAGUACUAUCAGACCAGUCAGUUGACAGAGAAGAGCGAUGUUUAUAGUUUCGGAGUCAUUCUUCUAGAACUUUUAACAGGUAAAAAGCCAAUCUUCUCCACUGAAUGUGAGGACAGACUAAAUCUAUCGAUACAUUUUCUUCAAACGGUGAGAGCGAAUCGCCCCUUUGAUCUUAUAGAUGAUCUUAUUAUGAAAGAAGCGAUCGAAGAAGAGCUCAUCGACAUGAUUGGAUUGGUAGAAAUGUGUUUAAGAUUGAAAGGGGUUAAACGGCCUACGAUGAAAGAGGUGGAGGAUAAAUUACAGAACUUGAGAAGGAUCAGACUGAAAAAAACAGGACAUUGUUUGGUUAAAGGUGACGAAGAAACCGAGCAUCUGCUGAGAGACUCACCUUAUGCCUCCUCUGAAGUCGUCGACCCAGCAAAUCAAGGUACAUCGAGGAAUUAUACCUUAGAGAAAGAAUUUAUGUGGUCGCAUCAUUACCCACGGUGAGUUUGUAUUCGAUGUUCAAAUCAUUAUUGACUGCUUGAAUGCCACUGAAUAAGCUUCCUUCUGCUCGAGGAUCGUAUGUAAUGGUCAUAUGGGUAAUGUUAUGUUCCAAACAUGUUCCUCAAACAGUUUCCAUCUUAUGGCUCUAUCACAUAUAUGAUCGAGUUGGUGGGAAUGGCAUGUAGAAUUAGUAGGUAUGUGUCUGUACUCUACUUGUGUUGUAAUGUUCAGAGAACUACCCUUUAAUAUGAUG